GCACAGCAAACAAAAGCUGUGCUAGCUCGUUCUGCAUGUAUAUCUUAUUCUCUUGUUGAUCUUGAUUUAAGUGAGGAAUAUGUUGAUUUCAAUGAUAAUUCAGAUAAAAGUUCGGAUAACAAUUUUAUGAAGCUGGACGACCUUGAAGGAGUAAUGGAUGAUGAAGUGCUUUUAACAAGCGAAGAGGCUCGUUAUUUGACAGUUCUUUAUUUCCUUUGGCUACAUUUACAAGGUCAAAAAAAAAUUGAAGCGUCAAAAACUGUCACAAGUAUUGUUAAUGGUGGGCCAUGGCUUGCACAAUGUAUUAGGAAGUGGGCAAACAAUU